AUGUCGCGUGGCAGUUUUGUCUUUACACCCACCGCCUUACGCUCCCUCCAACUUGAUGAGGAGAUGCUGGAGAGAGACAGGUUCAAGAGGCAGCUGGUCUCCCAUCGUUUCAGUGGCUACACGCUGAACAGAGGGGUCAGGGACAGGCCGACAUCGAGGCCCAGUGCUGCCCUGCCACCAGCCGUCUGCCAUGACCUGGUCAUUCAAAAUGCUCUGUACACAGGAGACCUGGAGGCUAUGCAGCGCUUCUUCCCAAGAGGCUCCACAGCCAACUUCAUCAUCGAGCCGCAGGGAGGGGACAUGCGCUGGGUGGCCAGAGGUGAAGGUAAGAGACAAGGACUGUGGUCACUAACCUAUGAGCAGGAGCUGACGACGCCACUGCAUAUCACAGCCGGCCGGGGCUUCGCAGACUGCCUGAGGCUCCUGCUGCAGCGUGGGGCCAGUGUGGACUUGGCACCCGGUGGCACCACUGCCCUGCAUGAGGCCUGCGAAAGCUGCCAACCAGAAUGCACAAAGCUGCUGUUGACCCAUGGCGCAAAUGCCAAUGCAGUGUCAGAGGACGGCCUCAUGCCCUUGCACAUGUGCACUAGCCCUGAGUCACUUGAAUGUGCAAAGUAUCUCCUCCAGUUUGGUGCUGCAAUCAAUGGGCGAAGUAUAGAGGAAGAUGACACUCCCUUACAUAUAGCAGCCAGGAAUGGUCUCCCAGAGCACAUCGAGCUCUACCUGCACUACGGGGCUGCUGUGGACAAACAGAAUGACGUAGGCCUCACACCCCUCAACGCUGCUUGCUCACAGCCCCAGGAGCUGCAGGACCUGCAGCGUUACUUCAAGGUGUGCCAGUUGCUCCUGGAAGCCGGGGCCGACGUCAGUACCAUGGACCAGGAAAAACACUCUCCCCUACACAUGGCCUGUAAGAAUGUCAACGCAGACAUAGUAGACCUGCUGCUGGAAAACGGCGCCUGUGUCAACAACAUGGGCUAUGGUGAAGCCCCCAUGCACAACAUCCUGAAGGCGGUGUGCUACAAGAUUUCCCACAAGCCUGAGAGGGUGGUCCGCGCUCUGCUCAACCAUGGGUCCAUUCGGGUGUGGCCUGGAGCUCUGCCCACGGUUUUGAAGCACUGCUGCGGCUCUCCACAAACCAUUGAGGUUCUUCUGAACGCCUACAGCAAACUGAGAGUCACAGACACCUGGGUUGAAUCUGUCUCCCCAGAGAUCUUUAAGGAGCAUCAGGAGUUCUAUGAGUCCGUGUUCGCCUUGGCCCAGACCCCUCGCUCCCUGCAGCAUUUGGCACGCUGCAGGAUCAGGACCUUCCUGGACACCAGCAUUCACAAAGUGGUCCCAAAACUCAACCUGCCCACCUUCCUGAAGAACUACCUGCUGCUGGACUUUAGGGGCUACGUGCACUAA